AAAAGAGUAAUUAGGAAGAAGCAAUGAAUUAUGACCGAAUCGUUGCUGUUGUGUAAAUAAUGUAAUUCAUAAAAAGUGAAGGCAGAUGCCGUGUGUCUCGUCUCCGGCAGCAUCAGAGUCUGUGUAGGCAGUGCGCAUGCGCGUGUGGACGCGUCGCGCAGCUCGAGAUUCUUCUGCGUCUGAUGAAGAAAACAUGCGAGCGUCAACAUGCGUGAUCUUCACGAGCGGACGCGCCGCACAGCCGUGACGCGCGCCGCUCCGGAGGAUGUCCGUUAGCGCGGCGGCGGCGGCGGCGGAGGACGGAGGCGUCAAUAAAGUGCGGGUCAAACGACAGAUCAGGUGCAUCGUGGAGGAUCUCGAGAACAUCCUGGGAGACCUGAAGGAUGUGGCGAAGGAACUCAAAGAGGUGGUGGAGGAGAUCGACUGCCUGACCUCUGACCUCCGUCUGGAGGAGGACCUGACGGACAGCUCGAAGACGGACACGCUCAACAGCAGCUCCAGCAGCACCACCACCACCACCACGGCCUCCAGCGUGAAGAUCUACCCCGAGGAGACGCUCUUCAGACCCGCGGCCGUCCUCACCGUCCUGAAGAGACCCGGAGCCCCGGAGCCCAUGCAGAACGGAGGAGAGGCCCUGUGUCGCCGGGAGAGCCGCUGUCCUCAGACCACCAGAGAACGAGUGCGCUUCAGCGAGAAGGUGCAGUAUCACGGCUACUGUCCGGACUGUGACUCCAACAGCUCCGAUCUGCACUUACACACCGAGCCGAUCGACGGCAAACACAGCCCCGUCCAUCAGAGUCCGGCGGAGAACGGCUGCCUCGCUCAGAAACCACACAAGACCAUUCUACGCAAGUCCACCAGCACCACUGUCUGACGCAGACCGAGACUCCUUCUCCUUACAGGCUCCUCGGGUUCGGAGAGAAGACAGAAGAGGGGUGUUGAACGGUCAUCUUCAUCUCAUCACGAGCGGUUCUGAUGGAAAUCAACGAGCCAGAGCAUCCGAUCACAUCACCACCCUUUAAACCAGACAAACCAAAAACUACUAACAGUCCACCGCAACGGAGAAGUUCAGUCCAACGCUGCCAGAGACGUUUAUAAAGGACCUUCUAUGUUUUUGUAAAGAAAACCUUCAAAUACAAGAAGCAUAUUUUUGAUAUUUUCUAAGAAGAUUUUAAAGAUGUCACACAGUAUAUGAUGGAAGAUGUAUUUAUGUACUGAUUAAAAACAUGAAGUCAUCUGCACAUGUCUUUAUUCUGAAU